ACAUUCCUACUGAUAAAUUAUCAAUUGCUCAGUUAUCUGCAGUGAAAUAUUCUACAUUCACACAUCCAUUGAAAGUAUAAUACAGUUGGUGGCGCCAAGCUUUGUUGUUACAAUCAACUCACUCAAAAGCAAACAAACAGUAUGGCUGCUGUUGAAUACAACCACAACUAUGCCCCUGGCAGACGACAUUCAGUUUAUAACCAUAGUGAAAAGACCCCCUCUCCCACUGUCACUCCCAGAGGAUCCCAUGUCCGCAGCCAGAGCAUCCGAGUCAGCAACGGAAGUAGUGGCACUGUCAGCACCAACACCAGCAUGUCAUCAGGAAGGAUGUCACAAGCAACCAAUAUUACCCAGCCGCCUGCCUAUUCGAAGAAGUUUGUGGUUGUGGGCGAUGGAGGAUGCGGCAAGACUUGUUUGUUGAUUAGUUAUGCCCAUGGAUAUUUCCCAGAGAGAUACGUUCCUACGGUUUUUGAAAAUUAUAUCACGCAGACUACCCACGCUCAUAGCGGCAAGACCGUGGAACUUGCAUUGUGGGAUACCGCCGGCCAGGAAGAAUACGAUCGAUUGCGUCCUCUAUCAUAUCCCGAGACCGAUCUCUUAUUUGUCUGCUUUGCAAUUGACUGUCCCAACUCAUUAGAGAAUGUGAUGGACAAGUGGUACCCCGAAGUCCUCCAUUUUUGCCCAACUACACCCCUCAUCCUCGUCGGUCUCAAAUCCGAUCUCCGCAACAAGAGCACAUGUAUCGAGCUCCUCAAAACACAAGGUCUUACACCGGUCACCCCGGAACAAGGCCAAGCCGUUGCACGACGCAUGAACGCAGCGUAUAUCGAGUGCAGCAGCAAGGAAAUGAAAGGUGUAGAAGAAGUGUUUGAGUUGGCCGUCAAUACCGUCGUCGGAGUCGAGGAGCAGGGAUACUAUGGACCUGGUCCUAGUGGUAAAGGGGGUGCAGUUGGUCGCAAAGUCAAGAAGCGAACUUGCAAAAUUUUGUAGAUCUUUUGUUAUCGAUCGCCUGGAUGCGUUCGUUUUCCCUUUUCCUUGGCUUGCUUCAAUUCCAUCUGAAAUGGUGGUUUAUCUGUUUAUGUGUUAUCGGCUCUACCUCUUCUUGUAUUUCUUUUUUUUCCCUUGAUCAUCGGCCCAUGAGGCAUUGGAGCAUGCAUGGAGUAGGCGUUGGCACGGAUUGUUGGUUAACUGAAUCAAAUCUUUAAACUCAUC